AUGACCCGCAGUGGUGAUGUAAGUGUUUUGCGUGACAUGACGGCGCAUAGAGAUUGCCACCGCAGUCUAUUGUAUGAUGUGUCGACGAUGAGUGGCCCCUUCAAGGCGGUGGCAGCGGCAUCUUCAACGUCAGCAGUAGCCACGCGUCAGACGGCAGGAUCAGUGGCUCCUGAAGACACGGUGUUGCUUGAGAUUCUUAUUCCUGUGUAUCUUAAAUUGGAAGAUCGUGAAGAGGUGUGUCGCGAGCUGGGUAUCUUUGUUCAGACAGGGCGUGGCGGAGUGAACGGCCUUUCACGAAAAGUGUGUGUGCGUUUGACAGACACCACGGACCCGUUCUUUUUAUUUGAACUUGAGCUGCUUGAGGAUGACUACGGUUCAUUCAAGCAACGGUUGGAGCUUCUUGUGGACUUCAGUGGGUUUCCCAAGUAUCUUGUCUCCAUGUUAAACGGUAUUGCUAGUGGAGCCAUGCCAUAUUCGGUUUGUUUUGUCGUAGACAACCGAGACACGCUUCUCGGGACGCUGCGGGUGCUCGAGCGGACGGAGUUUCGUACGGUGGAACACAUCUCGCUCUUGCUGAUGCGGCAAGGCGAUGCGGGGCAGAAGCGAUACCUGGCAGAACGCUUCCAACACUUUGAACGGGCGUACAUGCGGGAGGUGGAGGAGCACCGCUCCGCCGCCGCCGCUGCAACUGCAAAUAUCGAAUCAUUGAAAAGUGAGGUGGCGACACUGCAGGAAGGCUGUGACUCGCUGCGGGAAGAGCUGAGGCUUGAAGUGGCGAAAUCAGAAAAAAAUCAGUUGGCCAGUGUCAGUCAGUUGCGUGAGGAGCACGCCAACGAACUUGCGCGGCUCCGCAGCUCCAUGGAGGCCGAACUCCGUCGUUCUACGUGCAAAGCAGACGAGGUCCAGGCGCGACUCAUGGAGGAUGUGCGAACAAAGGACAAGAAUUUGUAUGAGGCCAAUAGGCGUGUGACUUCGCUAGAGUCGUCCAUCGUGACUUUGCAGUCACAGCUUCGCGUGGCUGAGGAUAAAUGCAGUGCCCAGGCGCAGGAGUUGGAGGAGCUUCGCUCCUCCAAUCAUGAGCUUCAGAGCUUUCGUUCGAACGCCACCCGCUCCAUCUGCGAUAAUGAGCUUCAUUCUGUUAAACUGCAAGAGCGUGUGCGGGGUUUGGUGCAGACCCUAAAGUCACGUGAUGACGAGGUCCAGUCGCUGCGGGAGCAGUACCAGAAGCAGGAUAGCUACAUUCGCAUCAUUACCUCACAAAAUGACCAACUAACCGAGCAGAACAAAAAGAACGAGCUGUCACUAAAGAAGGCUCAUCAUAUCAUUGCAACCCAGUUAAAUCACAUAAAAGGUGCGAAGGAGCGAGAGCGUAUGAUGCGUAAUCAAUUACGCAGCCAGGAUGCACUACUGCAAGACAAGGUGGAUGCCAUUACCCGGCUGAGAGAUGAGUUAUCAUCUUCGUCAGAACGGGGACGGGGACUUCAAGAGAAAAACAUCGAGCUUCGGGAUCAGCUGGGGAGGACGGAUGCCGCGCGUGAGAAACUUGCGCAGGAGUUAAAGCAGAGUCAAGAUGCUCUUAUUCAUCUUCAGAGAAGCACCAGUGUAAAUGGACGGCAUUGGUCUGUAUUGGCUAGCACUAACGCCGGUAACAACCUCAACACUGGUCUUGGCAUGGGGCUGAGUAACAGCUUUGGGUCGACGGCAAAUGAUAUCUACAGGGAGUUCAAUAAGAAUGCUAUGACCACCGUGCGAAAUGCAGGUUGUUUAUCCGCGCAGGGCCCCCUCGAUGUCUCUGGUGUGCCCGCAGCGCAUUCUCAGAAUACUGUAAAUACAAGCGAGAAUAAUUUGCAAGGUGCCCUGGCAGGUGAGCCAAAGUAUGUGAGCAAGGCGUCACAAGAUCCACCGCACUCCGCCAACAACAAAACUGCAAAUAGUUUUGAGGCCGGGGCACAAAUUGUCUCUGGUAACAGUAUGACAAAUCUGGCUAAUGCAUCCGAGAGUCACAUAAUGAAUGGGAAAUACACACGUCAGCCUUUGGAUGCGACGACAGUUAAUGUGGCGUUGAAUUCGAGGAAUCACCUGUUUGCCGCCAAAAACUUCUUCAAUGAUGGCGGUGACAAGGCGAACCGCACACUCAAUACGGCGUCCUUUAUGGAAAAAACGCCUGGAGCCAUGGCAAAAGCAGCCGCCGCACCAAGCGCUUACUUUUGA